GGUUUCGAGGGCGGAGUCGUGUUUGUGCUUACGUAGACAUCUCUCGGAGUACAACGGAGAGCUAGUGAUCUUUUCAUAAGAGGGAAAGGUUUGCUUUGGGGUUUUUAUUUUCAAAUUUAAUUUAGCCACGACUUAAUUUGAAAUCGUUGUACGUUAAGACCGAAAAUAUGGUGGCGAAACAGAGGAUACGCAUGGCGAACGAGAAGCACAGCAAAAACAUCACACAACGAGGGAAUGUGGCCAAGUCAUCAAGAGGCACACCAGACGAGAAGGCAGCAGUAGGACCCUGGCUCCUGGCCUUAUUCGUCUUUGUAGUGUGUGGAUCAGCCAUUUUCCAGAUCAUUCAGAGCAUCCGAAUGGGGAUGUAAGAAGACAACCGGACCAUCAUCAUCAUCAUCAUCAUCAUCACAGCUCAAUAGUCCUCUCUUCUCUUUUCUCACUCUGCUGGCAAGGAUAAAGAUCAACUCUCAGCUCUUUGUGUCUUAUUUAAAAUAUGUGUAGCUGUGACCACAAUACUUUGAGAUCACGUGCCUUACAGGAAUGGUGGAGGAAUGAAAAAUUAAGAGAAAAAGUCUAAGCCAUAUCUUAACAAACAUUCCAGUCUAAAGAAGACUGCUGCUGGAACACCAUUGUUAUUACAAACCUUUCUGCCUCUGACUUUUACUACAGUGAUUCCUCAUACAGCUGUUCUUUUUUCUCUAAAGGACUGUUUCUAUACACCAUGAAAUGUUUUAACUCAGAGGGGUGCCAAAAUAUCAGGUCUUAAUUCAGGUCACAGUUACAUAAGAGUUGUCCUGAACUGCAAUACAGUGAUGUCGAUUAUGUGGAGCUAUGCACCUUUCAUGCAUUCCUGCCAGUGUUUAUUACUGUUUAGGGCUUUUUUUUUUUUCUUUUUUAACCUUUUUUGUUGGAUGAAAUAAAUGAAGGUCUUUAAUGUCAGGUUUAUGUAUUGGACAGCAGCAAUUUGUAAAAUUAUGUAUUAUUUGCUUUCCACACGAAUGAUCUUUAACAAUAAAACAGUUAAAUGAAA